AUGACUUACGGUGCCGAGACAUGGACGCUCACGCAGGAGGCUGUUUACUGGAUGAGAGUUGCACAGAGAGCCAUGAAGCGUGUCAUGCUCGGUUUAAAACCUAACUUGCAAGAGAAGCUGGAGGAGCCGAGAACUGGCCACUGGACCAUCAGAGUGAUUCGACCAGUUCUGGCGGAAUGGGCGGAUCGAUCCUGGGUAGGCAUCUCCUACCACCUUGCGCAGGUUCUGACGGGGCACGGUUGCUUCGGCAAAUACCUGUGCAUGGUGGGACGAGAACGGACGACCGUAUGCCAACAGUGUGGCUGCGCCGAAGACACGGCCCAGCACACACUGCUGGCGUUCGACGAGCACGACCUAUCCCUGCCGACAGUGGUGCGAGGCAUGGUCGGCAGCGAGAGGGCGUGGAGUGCGGUGGCCUCCUUCUGCACCGAUGUAUUGUCGCGGAAAGAGGCGGCGGAGCGAGAGGAAGACCCUUCCUCUUAUCCUAUGCGCCGCAAACGUUUAGGGCGCAGGCGGCUGGCCAACUGCCGCCCUGACAGUGAAGCCUGGGUGGCAAAACGGGGGCUUUGUCACUCUCUGGACAAGGGUUCACGGGUUGGUUGGCAUGCCAAGUAUUCCCGGCAUGCCACUAACGACGGUGUGGGGACGGUAAAGUCUCCCAGAGGUGGGUCCGCAGUCGCGAACACUCGCAGGCGGGGCCGUGGAUCGUAA